ACAAAUUAAAUUUAAAAGAAUACUAGCAUUUCAAAUCAUAUUUUUUCAACAAAAUUUUACGUUAGAAAUUCUUGUAAAUUUUAUAAAAAAAAGAAAAAUUCUUAUAAAAUGUCUCUCGAAAAUGAUGAGCAAAAGAAUCGCGAUAUCGUUUUGGAAAUUUGCAAACCUUUAGUAUUGGACGACGAUACUUUAAGAAAAGUCAAAGACUUAUUUCUAAACGACAUCAAAAUGGGCCUAUGUAAAGCCACCAAUCCCCAGGCCACGGUCAAGUGUUGGGUUACUUAUGUUCAAUCCUUGCCAUCAGGUUGUGAAACCGGAAAAUUUCUUGCCUUAGAUUUGGGAGGUACUAAUUUUCGUGUCUUAUGCAUACAUUUGGAGGGACAAACCAAUUUCCGUAUGGAUUUUGAAGUGUACGCUAUACCAGAAAAAUUACUGGUGGGUCCUGGUAGAGAUCUCUUUGAUCAUAUAGCCGAAUGUUUGGCAAAAUUUGUAAAGACAUUGGGAGCACAGGAGGAUGAAGUACUGCCAAUGGGUUUCACUUUCUCUUUUCCGCUUAAACAAACUGGUUUAAUUAAAGGCGAGCUAGUGGCCUGGACAAAGGGUUUUAAUUGUCCCGGAGUUGUGGGACGAGAUGUAGUGGAAUUAUUACGUGAGGCCUUAGAUCGACGUGGAGAUGUUAAGGUCGGAAUAACAGCUAUACUCAACGAUACUACGGGCACUUUAAUGUCUUGUGCUUGGAAAAAUCCCAAUUGUAAGAUUGGUCUCAUAGUGGGAACUGGCUCAAAUGCCUGUUAUUUGGAACAGAUUAAGAAUAUCGACACUUAUAAGCCCGAACCAAAUAAUAGAGUACCUACAAUGAUCAUAAAUUGUGAAUGGGGUGCCUUUGGUGACAAGGGAUGCUUAGAAUUUGUGCGCACUAAAUAUGACCGUCAAAUUGAUGAAACUACACACAAUCGUGGUCGACAAGUUUUUGAAAAGAUGUUGUCCGGUAUGUAUUUGGGUGAGUUGGUGCGUCUAAUCAUGCUUGAUUGCUGCAAAGCUGGUGCUCUCUUCAAAGGCAACGAGAGUGAACAACUGCGUAAAGGAGACUCCUUUAAAACGAAAUAUAUCUCACAAAUCGAAGAGGAAAAUCGCGGCACUUAUGUCAUUGCUAGAGAAAUCCUCGAGACACUGGGCUAUAAAAAUCCCACCGAUGGCGACUGUGAAAAUGUACGCUAUAUAUGUGAAUGUAUUUCACGCAGAUCGGCUCAUCUGGUGGCUGCAAACUUGGCCUGUCUUAUCGAUCGUAUAGGUGAUCCUUAUGUGGUCGUGGGUAUUGAUGGCAGUGUCUAUCGUUUUCAUCCACAUUAUCAUAAUCUUUUGACGCAAAAAAUCAAAUGUUUAGCAAGACCCGAACAUAAGUUUGAUUUAAUGUUAUCGGAGGAUGGUUCGGGUCGUGGUGCUGCAUUAGUGGCAGCUGUUGCAGCUCGUAUAAAAAGUAAAGAAAUGGAGAGAGAUGAAAGUAAAAAGUCGGGUACGUCAAGACGUUCUGAAGCUAGGAAAUCAAAUGUAAUUAGUUAGUAAAAAUUUGCAUAUUAAAGAGUAUUUCGCAUAUUAAAAA